GCGACCGCCAGUUGUCCGAUGAGCUUGGCCUCCUGCUUUGCCAGCCGCCGACGCACAUCGUGCAGCGCAUGGGCUCCAGGUCCCACAAUUUCCCCCGUGCUGCUCGCAUUGCUGGCGCGUCUAAUCUGUCGAUCGAUGAUUUGGUUGGUUUUGGGUGCGAAAUCGAAGAAGACCUCGAGGCCGCCGACAAGUUUUUCGCCAAGCUGUCGCGUGAGGACAG